AAGUCCACUUUUUUGUAAGAGUCACUUUGCUUAGUGGGUGAAGUUCUUCAAUUUGGAGAAAAAAACCACACACAAAAAGAAAGAAAAUGCCAUGUUCUAAAGAAGAAGCUCUUGUUAGACUCUUCUACAAUGCUUCAAGUUCUUUCCAACUUCUCUUCCUCUUCAUCUUCUCUUCUUCCAUUUUACUUCUUAAAUUCCUUAACUUCAUUAGUACCUACCCUUUAUUCCAAAGGGAACAUCAAUAUGAAUAUGUUUCUUCUGAAUAUGAUUAUGAAGAAGAAGAACAAGAAGAAAUUCAAGAAAAUUAUUCUUAUGAAGAUUCUUUUGAGAAGGAUCAUUUAGUAGCUGAUAUAAUUUGUGGUGGAGAAUCACUUUUAUUUCUACAUAACAAUAACAAAUCUCAAAGGAAAAAUUCUUCAUCUUUUGAAGAUGAAGAAGAAUUUAUUACUCCUCAAGAUAGUUUGAAUGAUGAGUAUUUAUCAGAAGAAACUUUUUCUGUUCAUCACAAGUCACCACUUGUUUCUGAUUUUGAGACAGAAACUAAUGAAGAAGAAUUUCAUGUACAAGAAGAUGCUGAUUCUGUUCCAAACAGGACCACUUCUUCUCCCAUCACAAUGAAACUAUACAAAAGUGAUGAAUUGGUAGAUAGUGACAAAAAAUAUGAUGCAGAAGAACAUGUUGAUAUUGGAAUAAUCAAAAACAAGAAAGUGCAUGAAUCAAACAACACAAGAGAUGAAAGAUUCUUUGUGAUUGGUCCUACACAAUUAGAGACAAAGAAGUUAAUCAUUGAAGAAAAAGAUGAUAAUGAUGAAGAGAUAUAUGGUGAUUCAUGCACUGUUGGUUCAACAUCUAAGAACUCUUCUGAUUGGAGAAGCUCAAUUAUUUGUAGAGAUUCUGGAACUGAUGACCCUUUUUCUUCUUCAUCAAGAAGAAGUUGUCCUAAAUGGGAAUCUUACACUGUUUUUCAAAAAUAUGAUGAAGAAAUGUCAUUUCUAGACAGGAUUAGUGCACAGAAACUUCAUGAAACUGAGUCUUUGAGGUCAAUCAAAGUAGCACCAAGGUCAAUUUCAGGGAGAAUUGUAUACAAAUUUUCAACUAUGAAUAAAAAACCAAGUGAUCAUAACCCAUAUAGUGAAUUGGAAGCUGCAUAUGUUGCACAAAUUUGUUUAACAUGGGAAGCACUUAAUUGGAAUUACAAGAAUUUUCAAUCAAAAAGAGCUUCACAUGUUGAUGUUGGUUGUCCAGAAACAAUUGCACAACAAUUUCAACAAUUUCAAGUUUUGUUACAAAGAUAUGUAGAAAAUGAACCUUAUGAGCAUGGUAGAAGACCUGAGAUUUAUGCUAGAAUGAGACAUUUGGCACCAAAGUUGCUCCUAGUCCCUGAAUAUCGAGAAUCAGAUGAUGAUCAGAAGGACAAUGAAUGUAUGAACUUAAAAAUAUCAUCAGCUUCAUUUCUUGUGAUAAUGGAAGAUGGAAUCAGAACAUUCAUGAGUUUUCUAAAGGCUGAUAAAGAGAAAGCAUGUCAGAUCAUUGCAGCAUACUUUAGAAAAAACCAAAGAGGUUUGGUUGAUCCAACACUAAUCCGUCUUAUGAAGAAAAUUAAUCAAAAGAAGAAGAUGAAAGUUAAGGAUCUUCGUCGUUCUCACAAAUGUUUAAGGAAAAGAAAAUUAAAGAAUGAAGAAGAGAUGGAGAUUUUGAUGUCAUUGAUAGACUUAAAAGUGGUGUCAAGGGUUUUAAGAAUGAGUGACAUAAAUGAAAAUCAAUUGCAUUGGUGUGAAGAAAAGAUUAGCAAAGUGAGAGUCAUUGAUGGGAAACUACAAAGAGAUUCCACUCCACUUUUUUUCCCUUCACAUUGACCCACAUGCACAUACACAAAAAGAUUAAUAAAUUAAAUAUAAAUAUUGUUUGAUGAGUGGAUGAUGAAUGUGCAUGAGUGCACAUAAAGGAAUAUCCAUAACAUACUUUUUGUAAAUAUGGAAUUAAAGAAAAAGGAGGAGGACCCUACAAAUCAAAGUGAAACAUAUAUGGAGUGGAAUAUGGAAUUUAUUGGGGUAUGAAAUUCAUGGAAAGAUGGGUAAAGGUGAAGAGGUGAUGUGUUAUUGAUGAAUAUUGAAAGUGAUGAAAGACCAAAGACAAAGCAAGGUACAAGAUAGAGACAAUAUUAGCUUUAGUUUUUGCUUUAGCUUUUUUAUUAGGGUUUUAUCUACAAAGAGUUUUGAGCAAGAGUGAAAGCACAUGGAGUUCAAUAAAAAGUAGUCUUCCACUCUUUGGCAUAAAAGUAGAUCAUACAAUAAAGGAACGGUAGGUUUAGUUUUUAAUUUAUACAAAAAGGAAAAACUAAAUAAAUAAAUUAAAUUUCGAA